AUGAAAAGUAUAUUUAAGGAUGUAUGUUUGACUAUGAGUGCUUGUGUUAGUGUUUACUACCUUGCUUUCCUUCCUUCCCCUGCAGGGAUUGAGUACAGGUGUUACCCAUUUCAAAUGGAUCUAGUCUUGCCCUUCCUUCCCAAAUCCAAAUCAGGGAGAGUUCUUAGUUCAGGGCCUGACAAUAGAGAUGACAUUCAGGACUCUAAUUCACUGUCCUCCCUGUACUCUGAGUGGACUAACCCUGUGUUUGCACGACCUCCUAUGGUUGGUGUGGACAUAUCAAGUGUGCAAGCUGAAGGACUGGCUGUGAAGAUCCAUAACAUCCUCUUUCCAUACCGCUUCUCCAAGGACAUGAUUCACUCAAUGAAGGUUAUUCAUCAAGUGGAUAAGAAGUUUCUUGCAUGUCUUAUCAACACACAAGACCAAGAACCUGCGGCCUGCAGCAAAACUGAUGGGAACCUUUUAGUGUUAGUGGAUCAACACGCUGCGCAUGAGAGAGUUCGUCUUGAGAAUCUAGUUGCAGAUUCGUACGAGGAUGAUCCAGAGACACCGGGGGAGAGACGGCUAUGCUCAUCCACUGUAGCCCCACCACUGGAGGUCAGCGUGACAGAGGAGGAGCUGAGGCUGCUCAGGUCCUGCCGGCCAUCCUUGAGGGGCCUGGGUCUGGAGAUGCAGUUCUCGCAGAUAGAUCCCCAGGUCCUGGUGGGGAAGGUGCCAAAGUGUUUCACAGAGAAGGAGAGCAAUGAACUCCGCCGGGGGAGACGUUCUAUCAUCAAGCCCAUAGUGGAGGAGUACCUUCAAGAGCAGAUUGAGUUACUGCGUUCAACUGGCAGAGUGCGAGGGACAUUGCCUCUUACGGUACUUAAAGUCCUCGCCUCCCUUGCAUGUCAUGGUGCAAUCAAAUUCAAUGACCGCCUGAGUAAGGAGGAGUGUUGCAGCCUGGUAGGCGCUCUAUCUUCAUGCCAGCUGCCCUUCCAGUGUGCCCAUGGCCGCCCAUCCAUCGCCCCGCUGGUAGACGUCCUUCACUUGAAUGACCAAGAGGAACCACCUAGACCAAAUCUCAGAAAACUGAGAAGAAUGUACAAAGCCUGGGAACUUUAUGGAAAUAGAUAAGUGUGCCAACAUUGUCAAAUGAUAAAAGAUUCAUUUAAAAACAGGAUUUCCCUCAUUAAAUGAGACAUGUAUUGUAA